UUUAGCAAUGCAAUAACUUCCGGUCAAAAUGGAAACAACAUUGAACAGUUUGACAGGUCCUAUUGUUUUGGCUCGUACUCGAGCUCCUGAUCUUGAAAGUGUUCGAAAGCUUAAUUGCUGGGGUUCAGAGAUAGAUGAUAUCAGCAUUGUGAGAGAAAUGCCAAAUUUAGAAAUAUGUAGUGUCAGUGUUAACGAUAUCACAACCUUGAAAGACUUUGAAGCAUGUGAGAAUCUACAAGAACUGUACAUAAGGAAUAAUAAAAUACAGGAGUUAACAGAUAUAUGCUACCUUAAAGGCUUGGAAAAGUUACGCAUCCUUUGGCUCUCAGAUAAUCCUUGUGCGGUGGGGGACAACUAUAGAAUGACUGUCAUCAGAAAUUUACCUCAGUUACAAAAGCUUGAUAAUGUUGUUGUAGAGGAUGAUGAGAAAACUGCUGCUAAAGAACAGGGGGAGGAACUCUCACUGCCUGAUCCAGACCAAGGGAGUGAACCCAGUGAAGAAAAGCCAGUGAUCAAUGGCGAAGCAAUUGCUGGUGGAGAUUCAGAAAGUAAUGAUGUGAAAAAAUUACCAAAAGAUCCAGUAACAUUAAGCUGGGAGGAAACAAAUAAAAUACGAGAACAGCUAGGCUUAAAACCGUUACCAAUAGAGAAAAUAGGCUCACCUAAAUCUGCACCUACACAUUCUACCAGGACCAGAAAUGCCCAUGUGUUACAGGCAGUGCUCAUUCUUGUAAAAGAACUGGACAGAGAUAGUCUGGAGAUCGUGGAAACUGCCAUCAGAAAAAGACUUGACACAUUAUGAGAUUAAAGCAGUCACACAUGGUCAACAAAAAUCCAAAGUCUAGCCAGAUAAACAUUUAUGAAGGUCAAAGGCCGGUCAGUUAUAUUGAACUUGACCUUUCAACUUUGCUGUACUCCUGUUGUUUAUCAUGUGACAAUGUUGUGUGUUAUAUCUAUUGAUAUCUUCUGCAAAGAUAAGAGGUUAAGAACAGAUUUUACAAAGGUAUGGGUAAUGUUUUUUGAGAAGGCUGCUAUAAGAGUAUGGUAGGUGUUUUAAAAUGUAUUGCUGAUGAAUGACGCUACACUGUAUGGCUUUAGGUAAUUUGAUUUGGAAACAUGUAUGUUGAGAUAAUAUUUGAAGCAUAAUGAAUUCUUGAAUUAUCACUGUAUCAAGAGAUACAUUGUUCUUUCAUCAGGUCAGUUAUUCUCAAUAUGUAGCAAUGAGCUAAAAUCUUGUGCAUUGUUAGUCUGGUAUACAAAAACUAGUUUUACAUUCAUAAGGCAUAUACUGAAGCUUAAUUACUAGAAACCAGUCGAACUGAACUAAUGUUGUAUUCUAUACAAAACAUGUUCCAUGCCCAAUUGGUGUAUCUUUAUAAUAUACAAAAUGUAUGUGCUAAUUUUUACAUUGUUGUAUACAGGUUUAUAUUUUACAUAUAAAACUUAAAGUAUAUAGUAUAAUUUGAUGUAAUACUGCUGUGAUAAAAGGAAUAUAUAUUUGUUCUGCAGAUAUAAGACAUAAUAUCUUAA